AUGGUUAAUGUUAAUGUUUAUGAGGGCUUCACUGUUCGUGGUCCUUCUGCUCCUCUGUCUGCUCCUCUGGGAUCUUCAGUGGUUUUGCCCUGUUAUGUUGAUGAAGCUUUACCAGUGGAGGAUCUGGAGGUGGAAUGGAGAAGAGCAGACUCAGAGACUCUGAUUCAUCUGUAUCAAGAUGGUGAGAGUCGAGCAGAGGUCCAGCAGCAGGAUUAUCAUGAUAGAGCUCAUUUCUUUACUGAGGAGAUUCAACAUGGAAACUUCUCCCUCCGUCUGGACAAUCUGACAGCUCAAGAUGAAGGAGAAUACAGGUGUAGAGUUCACAGUCAGCAGGAUUCUGGACAAACUGUGGCUCAGAUAAAAGAUGUUGAGCGUUUGCUGGUGUCAGGCUCAGAUAAGUCCAUCUCUGCAUACGUUGGUGGGGACUUGACUCUAAACUGCUUUGUAAACUCUCACAUCACUCCUGAACACUUUGAAGUUUCAUGGAUAAGAACUGGAGAGAUUCUGGUUCUGCUUUUUCAAAACAAUGAGACUAUAUUAGAGGCGGCACAUGAAAAAUAUCGAGGCAGAGUUGAGUUCUUCACUGCUGAAAUCCCCAAAGGAAACUUCUCUCUCAGACUGAAGAGUGUCAGAAUUGAGGAUAAAGGAGUUUACAUGUGUCAAGUGUUUGCUGGAGAUUUAUCAGCCAAUGCCACUGUAGAGCUGGAGAGACUGGGUUUCUCUGCUGUACACAUAAUGAUGAUGAUUCUCUGUAUUUGUGCAUCUGGAUCUGCACUUCUGCUCUGCUUCAUUAUCUACUUCAGGUCACCUACUAAAGGUAUAACAGGAAAAUAUUCUCAUUAGCUAUAUGAUGCUUUUUCA